AUGAUUCAAAACAUACAAGAUAUCUUAGAAAUCCUUUCAAUUCACGGGAAAACAGUCCCAGAUUCUGAAUGGGCGACAUUUUUUUUGUAUACAAAGAUUAUGUCACGGCCGGGAAGAAGAAUUCCAUUAUUAUAUUUAUCUCAGGAUGUUACAUAUCUUCCCCAAUCAACACGAGUUUGUGUGUUAAAUAGUGAUGGGACAGCUUCAGAAGAAACAGCAAUGACAACAAUGUUAGGAAUUCCGGUUUUUGACUCAUAUGAAGGAAUGUCAUCGGAGAGUAGCCCCUUUCAAUUACUAGAUAGACAUAAACAGGUCGAGAGGAAUGUAGAAUCGAAAUACGAACGUUCUUCGCCUUCGGGUUUAUCUGUUAUGGCUCGUAGUUCACCAACAUUUUACGGACGAACAGGGCUAUCCAGUCUUCCUAUUCAAGAAGUUAUUGAUAAUGAAGAUAGAGCGGAUUUUUCUCGUCCUUACUCUGGUUCUUCAUUUUCUUCACAUAAUUUGACUUUACAUAAGUCUCGCUGUGAGAGUUUUCAAAAAACACUGUUAAAUACAGAAUUACCUUUGAAAAAAAAUCAGAAAACGCAACCUUCUACUUUAUCUCCUAAAAACAAAUCUGGGAUGGAUGAUUUUUUAAGAAAUUUUUGUUUGCUUUCGUCGGAAAAGAAGGAAAAUAAGAAAGAAUUAGACGAGCAAAAAAAAAGGACUAUUGAUACUAAUUCGCCACUUGAAAACAUAUAUAGAACACCCAAGACUAGAAAAAAUUUCAGAAAAAAAAAUAAUUCUGCCGGGAAGCCCACAUUGGAUAUAUUUUCUAAUGAACCUGAUUUUUCUGCUGAAAAUUCCGACAGAAGUUUAAAAACAAACGAUACAGAUGAGUUAACAACUAAUUAUGCUGAAUAUGUUCCUGAGAUUGCUACAAUCGAUCUUGAAGAUACAAUUCUUUAUGUUUAUUUUCCCACUAAUCAAAUUAAAGAAAUAUUGAUAGAAAUUGAAUUUAUAUCUAUUAUUUCCGAAGCCACAAAUUUAGGAGCUGAUGGGAGAUGUUAUUGUUUAAAUUUACAAUGUCUACCUAGGUGUCAAAAUUUAGCAAAUAUUAGGUUCGAUUUACAAAAGAUUGAUAAUAAAAAUAUUCAUCUUCCUAAUACACACAUUGCUACGGAAAAUCUGGAGGAGGGGAUUGAUAAGAGUAUUAUAGAUGUUAUUGAUCUUACAGAUGAGAGUCUUGAAAAAAGGUCAUGGCAGUGUUUUUGGCAAGUUCAUUUGGACGCAUCCGUUUAUAACUAUCCAGGGACGCUGGAUAUACAAACAAAAGUAGAUAUUAAGUCUAUUGGUGAUGCUGUAGUAGUUGGAUUUUCUUCUAAUAUAACUUUUAAUCAGCAAGAUUAUGACCUUUCUAACAUAUUAAAUAUGGGUUUAAUACAAAGUUUUCAUAUUUACGGACCUCCUGAGUUGCAAUUUAUAUCCGUAAAAUCGAUGGGAAUUUUGCAUUGGAAAUGUGAUAAGGUUUCAAUAAAAGAUAAUGAAUCUAAUUUAAAAAAAGUAUCAUCAAAACAAUCCGAUAUCUAUGACUAUCUUAUUCGAAUAACAAGAAAAAAGGAAUAUGGACUUAGCGAUUUGCUUAUUGAAUCAGAAGUAAUAAUUCUAGAACCAUUUUCCAUAUCUACCUUAGGGUUAUCUUUGCAUGUUCCAUAUUUUAAAACUAAACUAGAAACAAUUCAAUUUAUAAAAACGCCAUUGCCAUUAUUAUUUUAUGUUGAUUCUGAAACACAAACUGAUUGGAAAUUGGCUCGUGAUAAAGAUAAUUCAUUGGAAAGGUUUUCUAUAUUGGAAUAUCAAUGUAUUUCUGAUGAAUCAACUCCAUUGAACAUUCGUAUUGAAAAAUUAUUACCACUUGGAAUGUUUAAAGAGACGGUAUAUUUAAAUUCGGAAAAUUAUAUUGAAAAUGUUGAUGUUGAUAUUUUUCCACUAUCGUUUUCUCAAUGGUGUUUAUUGUAUAAGGUGUCAAUUAUGGAUACUUGUAUUUUUGAUGAUAUAUUGUUGCAUCUUAAACAUGACUCUAAUCCCUCGUUUAUCACCGUUAACGGCAAAAGAUUGUUUUCUGGUGUUUAUUCUAAAUUCGAUGGUGAUAUAUAUAUAUUGGCUGAAGAUUGGAUUUAUAAAGAUUCUCGAUUUAAAUUUGAAAUAGGUUGGAUAAAAGAUACUUCAAAGAGUAGUGUAAAUAAAAUUAAUUUACCUAUUUUUCCAGAUAAUGGGAUUAAAAAAAUAACUAUAAAUGUAGAUUCAGAUUUUGGAAAGUACCUAAAAGUAUUAUUCGUUUUUUAAUAUUUAAUUUAGGUGAAAUAAUUAAAUUUAAUUAUAAUAAUGAUCUAUAUGCUAAACGUAAAGUCAACAAAAUAGGCAGACGGAAUGUAUCUUCUUCUACAGUGAUGAGUAUUUAUAUUUUAAAGAAAAAUUCUAAGAAUUUUGCUAAAAAAACAAAGAAUAUUUCAAUAUUAUUAAUCUGGAUAUUUAGAGUAUUUCUUAUUACUAUUCUAUUUUUUCUGAUUUUAUUUUUAUAUCCGAAAUAUUCUUUUAGUAAAUCACAACUCCAUGGCUAUAAACCUAUAAAUUUAUUUCAGAAAUUUAGAUAUACAUAUUCGGAUUUUGAUAGUAUAUUAAUAACUAUUAAUGAAUUUAAUCAGCGUCUCGCUAACUAUGAAUUACAUAUCAGAAAUAUAGAAAAUAUUGUUGAAAACUCUAAUUGUCGUAACUUUACUACUGAUUUAUCUGAUAUAAAAUCUCGAAUACAACAAAAUAGUUUAUGGUUUGCCGAGAAACAACGUUUUAGAAAAAUAUUUGACUGGUAUCAUUGAUGUAAUCGUUUUUGUUUGUAAUUACAUUUAAUAGUUUAUGAAAGCAUUAUAGAUUUUUUUGGUAUUUUUUAUUAAUUUUUAUAAUGGACGUUAUGAUUCAAAAGAAAAUGAAUCGUUUAUUAUUAUUAUGUAUAUUGAAUCCUACAUUUUAAAUAUCGAAAUUUAAUUAUGUGAAUUUAAAACUUCGAGAAACAUUAGAAUCAAUUUUGCC